UCAUUAGGCGCACGGCAGCUCCGCCGCAAGGACCCAGGCAAGUUCCCAGCUGGCCCAGACCACUCCAGGCGGCAGCCAGCAGCACCACCGCCUCUCGCUCAGCACAAAAGCCGAGUUGCUCUUAGAUCUUGCGGAGCGAACGACUGAACUCCUUCCAUUCCCGGCUGGAGGGAGGCGUCGGAGCGGCAUCCUUCCCCCCUUCGCCUGGGAGGGGGCGCUGCAAAGUGCACUUGGAGAAGAUCAAUGCAGCCGUGCAGUUCCUGAGCGCGCCAGCCGCCUUGGAAGCAAACGGAGCAGAUCUUAAUUUCCACUCUCCCCCUCACCACGGUUUGAACCCGCUCAAAUCUCUCUCUCCCCUCACCCUCUGUUCCAGAUUCAAUGAAGAAGCACCCCGUAGACUCCGAUGGGCGGCUAAAGACCAACGGGAGUUGAGCCGGUGCUGCCUAGGCAGGUGGGCGGAAUCCGCCUUGUCCCUGCGCGCUUCGAUUUCUGGGGAGAGUAGAGACCUGGGAGGCGCCCCAAGCGCGGGUCUUCACGACCCAGGCCGGCAGGAGCAGACGGGGACCCCCCUUUCCAGUCGAGCCUUUGGUCUUGUUGGCGUUUGGCAGCCGCAAGUGAGCCGAGGGGGGUCUGGAGACCCUUCGUAGGAUGGGGCGACCUGACUGAGGAGCGGACUGUUGUAUCCCCACCCAAGUCCCAGGCGCCUGCUUUGGAGGGAGCGCGGAGAACUAUCUUAUCUAGUGCACGUUUGAACUCCAGAGCCUUGCCAAGCCUUCUUCCCUGCCGUCGAAGUUAGGAGAGGCGAUGGGAUUAUUGCGAGGGGGAAAGAUGCCUUUAGCCCGAUGGGCGUUAAGUGUCGUCGUCCUAUGCGAGGUUGCCUUUGGCCUCUACUUUCCCCGGAGGGAAUAUCAUGAGAAUGUCUACCUUGACCAACCCAGCGGAACCCCCCUGCUACAGAUCCAUGCCUUGAAAGAUUCGGAGGAGGAGGAUACAUAUUUUUGGCUGUGCCCACAACUCCACAUCCCGCGAGCUGGAAGUAAAGACAAUCUCUGGUUUCAAAUCCAAGAGAAAACUGGACUUCUUUUCCUCAAUAAGAGCCUAGAUAGGGAGGACUUUGAUAUGCUGUUUCCAGGAAUUUCGGUAUCGAAGCUGAUCCUCCAAGUUUUCGUCUCACCCCUGCCUUUCCAAGGGAAGGAAUGCCAUGAAUCUUAUACCAAAGUAUUGGUGAAGCUUUCUGUUAUCAAUUCCACCAUGCCAGCUUGCAGUUCUGGGAUGCCAAGCCAGUUGUGCUUUGCCAAUACGGACCUUUCUUUUCACAUCAAGGAGAACAAACCACCAGGGAUAUUCCAUCAGCUCCAGUCAUAUCCUCUGCAAAACCAGUGCCAGAAUGCAACCAUUUCCUACGAGGUGAUAGCAGACAAAGGUGUGCCAUUUCUUUACAACAUGGACACAGCGAGUAUCCGCGUGGCACAGCCUCUGGAUCGAGAGGAGCGAGAGAAGUAUGAGCUGAUUGCCAAAUGUACUGUGACAGAAGGUUCCAGGGAAACUUUCAAGGAGGUGCCAUUUCUUGUAGCUGUCUUUGAUGAAGAUGACAUGCCCCCCUUCUUGCCUAAUGACACAAACACAGCAGAUGCAGUUGUGGAGUUCAGCAGGAAAAAGGGCACCGUCAUUGCAGAAUUAACUGUCUACGAUGCAGACACCACCCCUAUUUUCCCUAUAGAGAGUAGCAGGAAGAAGUACACUGGCACCAUAAGUACAUCUGAUCCAUGGAUCAAGGAGACAUUUCAAGUGGAGCACAACUUCCAUGAGAUCUUGUUCAACCCAAAUGGCAGCCAAGUGAGGGGAACACGACACGAGUACAGACUGGUGUUAGGCAAGAGCAUUUCAGUUACUGAAAGCAGCUCCCACCAGGUGGACGUUAUUGUGAACGACACAGAAUACCAGGGGCCUAACAAAUCCCUGAUGCUCCACUUCAAUGUCACCAUUCUUCCAAUCAGCAUCCAGUUUUCAAAUGUGACAUAUCAGUUCACAGUGAACAGAAAUGCUGCCAACUUCUCACAAAUAGGAAAAAUCUGCAUUGACAACUGCAUGAGGUUUUAUGGCGUCAACAUCACCUAUAGCUUACAGACCCCCAAUGUCAGCUGCUAUGCUGUGGAGAUCGCUCAGGGCCCUGAAGACCAGUAUGGGACCCUCUACGUGAAUGAUUCUGCUGUGCUACAGAGACCUGACUGUAAAGAAAUCCAGUACACUGUACUUGCUAAAGAAGAGCAGAGCAGGAAGGAAGCUCUCACCCAUGUUACCAUUGUCCUUGAUGGAUCACCUAUACAUACCGAUGAUGGUUGCCCAGACUCAUGUUCGAUGAGCAAGACCCGAUCAGAGUGUGAAGAGUGUGGUGGCCUUGGAGCGCUAAUGGGAAAAUGCCAAUGGAGACAGGGAAGUGGUAAAGGAAUAACAACAAACUAUUCCACCUGCAGUCCAAGCAUCAAGACCUGCCCGGAUGCUAUCUGUGAUGCUGUUGAGAGCAGAGAUAAAAAAAUAUGCCCUCAAGAUUGCACAAGGACCAACGUUGUUGGUGGCCACCAGAAAGGCCUGAAUGGACUGGGAAUCAAGGCAGGACAUGGAGUUUGUCACUGCUUUCCAGGAACUAGCUGUUACUGCGAGAAAGAUGAUAUCAGAGAGCCAUUGUGUGAUUACAUGUGCAAAACUGUGAUUGCAGGAGGAGUCCUGCUAUCCUUCAUUAUUUCGGUACUCCUUUCUUCCUACUUCAUCCAUCGGUAUCACAAGAAUUCUCCAAAGCCACCUAUUGCUUCUGCAGAGAUGACCUUCCGCCGCCCUGCCCAGUCAUACCCCAUAAGCUACUCAUCGACAAAUGUCCGCCGGCCGUCAAUGGACUCUGAGAACCAGAUGUCAGUAGACACGUUCAAAAUACCUGAAGAUCCAAAGUGGGAAUUUCCUCGGAAGAACCUGGUGCUUGGCAAAACGCUUGGAGAAGGAGAAUUUGGGAAAGUCGUCAAGGCGACUGCUUUCAGGCUUAAGGGGAAGGCUGGCUAUACUACUGUUGCAGUCAAAAUGCUAAAAGAAAAUGCUUCCCAAAGCGAGCUAAGAGACCUGCAUUCAGAGUUCAAUCUUUUGAAACAGGUCAACCAUCCACAUGUCAUUAAACUCUAUGGAGCUUGCAGCCAAGAUGGGCCUUUGUACUUAAUAGUCGAAUAUGCUAAAUAUGGCUCCUUGAGGAGUUUUCUGAGGGAAAGCCGGAAAGUUGGGCCCAGCUAUAUGGGAAGUGAUACCAACAGGAAUUCCAGCUACCUGGACAAUCCAGACGAGCGAGCCUUAACCAUGGGUGACCUGAUCUCGUUUGCAUGGCAGAUAUCUCGCGGAAUGCAGUACCUUGCUGAAAUGAAGCUUGUACAUCGUGAUUUAGCAGCCAGAAAUGUCUUAGUAGCCGAAGGGCAUAAGAUGAAGAUUUCCGACUUUGGUUUGUCACGAGAUGUUUAUGAGGAGGACUCUUACGUCAAGAGGAGCAAGGGUCGGAUACCUGUGAAGUGGAUGGCAAUCGAAUCUCUCUUUGAUCACAUCUACACAACACAAAGUGAUGUGUGGUCAUUUGGAGUUCUGCUGUGGGAGAUAGUCACUCUGGGAGGUAACCCCUAUCCAGGUAUUGCUCCUGAGAGACUAUUUAACCUCUUAAAAACAGGCUAUAGAAUGGAGAAGCCAGAAAACUGCAGUGAAGAAAUGUACAAUCUGAUGCUUCGCUGCUGGAAACAAGAACCAGAUAAGAGGUCGACAUUUGCUGAGAUCAGCAAAGAAUUAGAGAAAAUGAUGGUAAAGAGUAGGGACUACUUAGACCUUGCAGCUUCCACCCCAUCCGACUCCUUGCUAUAUGAUGAUGGACUCUCAGAAGAGGAGACACCCCUCGUGGAUUGUAAUAAUGCUCCCCUCCCUCGAACCCUCCCUUCCACAUGGAUUGAAAACAAACUCUAUGGCAUGUCAUACCCGAACUGGCCUGAGGAGAGCCCCGUUCCACUCACAAGAUGCGAUGGCCCUAAGUCUGUGUUUUCAAGAUAUGCAAAUGAUAGUGUAUAUGCUAACUGGAUGGUUUCACCCUCAGCGGCAAAAUUUAUGGACAAGUUUGAUAGUUAACAGUUUCUUGGUUAAAAAAAAAAAGGUAAUGGACUCAGGAGGGGAGCAAAUGUCCAAAGAACGGCCUUCCCUUUGGCUCAUUCUUUGCAUAGUAACAACUGGUUGAAGCUACAGGAACAUCUAGAAUGGGAAACGUUCCCCUUACUUUUGGGUAGUACCUAAAGUGUCUUCUCUCUCGUGUGAUGAAUACUACAAUUGACUCCCUACCCCCCUUUUAAAGUUGUAUCAAACUGGGUCACAUGAUAGUUUCAAUUCCUCCAUUGGUUUCUGCCAUUCUCCAAGCAGACCAUUUUGGUAGCUGUGUUUUACGCAGUAGGACCUUCCUACUUAACAAUGUUCAGGGCAAAGACCCAGUUCUGGAAUGGAUAUGAAGGGGGUGGGGGCAGGGGAGGAACACUGUUAUUUCACUAUAUAAACUGCUAUCUCUAUGGUCAUUGCUAAGAAAAAGCAAACUGAUCCAAGCAUGAAGCACAAAUUAUAAGAUGGGAACAAUCUUCUCUUUUAAAAAAAUAAUAAUUCCUGAGUUUGCUGUAGUUACCAUGUUGUUGGCAGUAACAAAUCCUGAGUUAAUGGGGUUUGGGGACCAAGACAUUGAAUGAUUCUAGUCAGUGCUGAGAUUCAACUUUUCAAGUCUUGGAACCCUAUAGAAAUAUAUUGUUCCAUCUUAAUGGGAAAGGAGGUUUUUGUUGAAAAAUCAGGGUUAAACUAUUCUUAACUUUAGCACAAUGGAAAGUUUUUGAUACCAGAUAUACUUUGAUAGACUUGACCUACAGAGUACCCACCUGACACAACUUUUUUCUUUACAUCCAUUUUACUGAUGCCUC